AUGCGCACACUCGCCAUCUUCUUCAUCGGCGCAGCCGUCGCGGCGCACGUAUCCCCAUCGCAUCUGCGCCCUCGUGACCCUAAGCCCAAAGGGCCCGUCGACCCCGGCAUCAGCCCGUACUGUACCUACUACGAUGAGGCCUACGACAAGAGCUACACCUGCGACGAUCUCCUGUCGGCUUGGGUCAUCAGCAAGCAAGACUUUGAAUCCUGGAACCCCGCCGUGGGCUCUGACUGCAAGCUUGUCCUCGGACACUCGUACUGCGUCGAGGUAAACCACGGAAACCCGCUCUCGACGACCACGACCACGACCACGUCGACCACGACGAAGACCACGACGAAGACCACCACCACCACGACUGCGGCGCCCAAGCCCACGAGCUCGGCGCCAUCGGGACCGUCGCCAACGCAGGACGGCCUUGUCCAUGACUGCAAGGCAUACUACUUUGUCAAGGCGGGUGACACGUGCGACAAGAUCUCGCAGAUGUAUGGCACGUUCUCCACGGCCCAGUUCAUUGAAUGGAACCCGGCAGUUGGCAGCAGCUGCACCGGUCUAUGGGCUGGUUACUACUACUGCGUGGGCGUGCCCGGAACCCCUACCUCGCGAACAUCAACCGCAGGCCCGACUUCAACAAAACCAGCCAACGGAGUGACGACCCCACAGCCCACGCAGCCCAACAUGGUGCAGGACUGUGACCAGUUUGUCUACGUCCAGCCAGGCGAUCAGUGCGGCACAGUCGCAUCCCGCGCCGGCGUUUCCCUGAGCGACUUUCUCCAGUGGAAUCCGAGCACCGGAAAGGACUGCUCAGGACUGUGGGCCAACGCGUAUGCCUGCGUCGGGGUGAUUCCAGCCAUCGCGCUCAGUGCCCGCUACCACGCCGACUGCACCGGCGCAACCCACAGCACGGAGCACUUUAACCCGGGCACCGGCCACUGUGUAAACACAGCCUGCCAAGUCGCUUCGCUUGACAUUGCGGCCAAGGGCACGUGCCCUGAUGGCAACGUCCGCAUCAGCUACUGGGAGCAGCCGGAUUGCACGGGGAGCUGGUUCGGCUACGGAUACGCCAGCCGUGGGCAGUGUCGCACGCUCUGGUCGGAGGGGUGGAAGUUUAAGUCGCUCUACAUCACCUGCGCAUCAAAGGAGAGUGAUUGUGUGAGCCAGAACAGCUGUACCAUCUCUCCCAUUCCAAACAACAACGUUUGCUAG